CUUUCAGAUCGUGUAGGAGCCAGAGAAGGGUGAAUGCAUUUUUAAGAGAAAAUUUGGAGGAUCCUCAGGAUCCCACCCCUGGUGAGACACCCCUCAAUGAAUGCCUAAGUCUGCCUGUCUACUCUCUUGGCAGACAUCUUCUCUGAGCCAUGAGGCCUCCUUGGCACCCAGCAGGACUCCUUAGCAGCUAACAGCAGGUGUUAACUCUGUAAGAAGAUUUGGGGAAGCACUGAAACUUCUCAAGUUCGAAGGGACGCCCUAGAAGCCCCACCAUUUCAAAGCAGCCCUGAGGAGAUGGCGCCCUGCUCCUGCCCCAGUUCUGUGCUCUGCCUCCUCCCCUCCCUGAUGCUCCUCCUCCAGCUGCCACCCAGGGGGGCCCCAGAGAGGUUCCAUGUAUUUGGCUCCCCAGACCCUAUUGUGGCAGAGCUGGGCAAGGACGCCACACUGCCCUGCUUCCUGGACCCAGCAAUGAGUGCAGAGAACAUGGAGUUGAGGUGGUUCCGGUCCAAUGUCUUGGAGUCAGUGUUCAUCUAUCAAGACGGACAGGAACGACAUGAGGAGCUGAUGGCCCAGUACGCAGGGCGGACCUCACUAGUGCGGAAAUUCCAGCAAGGGGAGGCUGCUGUGCGUAUCCGCAAGGUCCAGGUGUCUGACAAUGGGCUGUACACCUGCAGCUUCAUCAACGGAGUCUUCAGUGACCAAGCCAGCUUGGAGCUGCAGGUGGCGGGUGUGGGCUCUGCCCCCCAAGUGCACAUCACAGGGCCAAAGGAGGACGGGGUGCGGGCGGUGUGCAUGACUUCGGGCUGGUUCCCGGAGCCCCAGGUGCAGUGGAGAGACCCCCGUGGGGAGCAGUUCCUGGAGUUCUCCAAGGUCCAGGCCCAGGACACUGAGGGGCUGUUCAGCGUGGAGUCUGCUCUGGUGGUGAGAGACAGCUCUGUGGGGAGCGUGACCUGUUCUAUCCUCAACCCCAUCCUGCAUCAGGAGAAGGCCAUGGCCAUUAUCAUCCCAGAGCCCUUCUUCCCCUGGGCCUCUCCCUGGAAGCCGGCUUUCCUGGUGAUCCUGACCUUGCUGCUGCUCCUGCUCCUGGGGGCUGCCUGCUACACCCAGAGAGAACAUUCCACACAGAUGCGGGAGCUGCAGGAACAGGGGAAUCUGUGCCAGGCUAAGGAGGAGGACACACAGACCAAGGAGGAGGCCCUGAAGGACACAGAUGAACUCCAGGCAACUCUAGACCAGAGGAAGGCAGCUUACCUGGCUGCCUGGAGGAAGGCCCAGCUGUACGCAGAUUGGCGGAAGGAAAAGUUCCGGGCCUGGCCUGUUACUCUGGAUCCAGAUUCUCACGAUGAUAAAAUUGUCCUCUCUCAUGACAAGAAGAGUCUGACUUUUCAUCAGGAUGGAAUGGGAGGAUUAUGCAGUGUUUUGGGUCUUGAGGGCAUCACAUCAGGGCGCUGUUACUGGGAGGUAGAGUUCAGGAAAGAAGGCAGAAUUGAGUUGGGAUUGGGGGUCUGGAGGAAAGAUGAGAAAACGAGAUGCAAUUUUCCGACCCCCCUGGAUGGGUUCUGGGUUUUUUCCCUGUUCGAAGGUAAUUCCCAAGCCCUUACUGACCCUCCUACUCCACUAUCCCUUAGGGACUGUCCCCACAGGGUGGGGGUAUUCCUGGACUAUGAUCAAGGGGACAUCUCCUUCUAUGACAUGACUGAUGGCUGCCACAUCUUCUCCUUCCCUCCUGAGUCCUUCUCCGGGACCCUCUUUCCAUACUUUCUCUUUUAUACAGAAGAAGUGUCCCUGACCCUCUGCCCCCUGGAUGCUGGGCUCCAGAAGCCCUCUGGGCUCAUGAACAAUCCUCCUUCGCUGGAGGAACCUGUGAAUCCCCUAAGGGAGGGGAUCCCCUCAGGCUCUGGCAUGGAUGGGGCUCCCCCAGGGCCUGAAGCCCCCCUCCUCCCCUGAUAUGGGGAGCCAUGCUACUCAUGUCAUCUGACAGAAGUCCGGGCAUGGGGCAGAUUUCUGAAAAAUCAGGAAUCUCGUUAGCUAACUCC